UAAUACUAGUAUUAUUAAUAAGUCAAUCAAAUGCUUUAAUAGUAUUCAAAGAGUUAGAACUAAACAAUGGUGUCAAGUGUCCAGUGGUUGGUUUGGGUAAUAAUGUUUGGGACAACCAAUCGCUGGCCAAACAGAUGAUCUACGAUGCCGUCGACAUCGGCUACCGACACAUUGAUACGGCCGAGUACUAUGAAAAUGAACAAUCAAUUGGCGAAGCCGUCAACGAUCUGAUAGAAACGGGUCGUGUCCUCAGACAGGAUCUGUUUGUUACCACUAAGAUAUUCUUCAAGAAAUACCCGAUUGAUAACAUAAAAGACGAAACAGUGUCGACAGUGGUUCAGUCGUUGAAACGUCUGAACUUGGAUUAUGUGGACCUAAUGCUCAUUCACUGGCCAUCAGAUAAUAUGACUGUAAAUAGCGAUAUAUGGAAAGGUUUGGAGGAAGUAUUGGACAGACGACUGGUCCGAGCUAUUGGUGUAUCAAAUUUCAUGAAACAUCAUUUAGUGGAUCUAUUGAAGACAGCCAAAGUAGUACCACAGAUGAAUCAAAUUGAAAGCAAUCCGUUGAACAACAAUCAACAGCUUAUCGACUAUUGUCAACAAUCGGGUAUUCAAGUGACCGCAUACUCGCCACUCGGUAGAGGACGACUGGUCGACGAUCCGACUGUCCAAUCGGUGGCCACUAAACAUAACAAAACCGGUAGUCAAGUGUUGAUACGCUAUCAACUACAGAAAGGUGUUGCGGCAAUACCUAAGAGUACCAGAAAAGAGCGUAUGUCUCAAAAUCUACAGGUAUUUGACUUUAGUCUAACCGAAGAGGAUAUGACUGUCCUAAACUCCAUGUCCACUACCAAUAAUAAUGAUACAUCUAUUAGAUAA